UUCAAUUUGUCAUUUUUUGAAUUAAUGGAAUAAUUUUUUUCUUACAGGCAAUAAGAAAGAAAACGACAACAAAAAAAUGAUCGAAGUAACAAGUGAGUCAUUAUUCUAAUUUAUCGAGGAAAUUAUUACUUGUUCUUUCUUUUUUUCAGGUGUAAAUAAGGGUUGGAAGAUGAUUAUUACAAAUGUAUAAUGGAUUCACCGUGGUAUUUGUAUGGUAUUGUGUACAACUUAUCCAUAUAUCGAUUAUUUCGAUACGGGUCAGUGGUAGACAUGAAUUCUCACCCUAACACGUCGUCUAGUCUCUUUUUAACUGUCGGACGUGUUUCAUAGAUCUUAUUUUUUUUCCAAUAUAUAUAAGAAUUCAAUUUUUUUUGAAAAAAAAUGAAUCAUCGUUCUUGAUUAUUUUAAAGGGACUCGAGCAAUUGAAAGAAAAGAAAAAAAAAUGACGCAAUAUCAACAGGUUUCAGUGGAUCUGCUAAAUAUGGUGUUUACCGCCUGCACAUAUUUGGCACUCGCUGGUGUAGCUUGGAUUUUUUUGAGGCUCCUUCAGGCUUGCUUUUGGCUUCCCAAACACCUGAAAAAACAAAAUAAUGUCCAGCAAAUGCUCCAAGACAAAGUGGAGAGUUACGAGAAGUACGUAACGGAAUGCGAGGAAAAGGAAAAAUUAAUGGGCACCGAGGGUUAUGCGGAAAAAUUGAUGGAAAAUCAAGAGGCGAAUCCGGAAGGGAAUCCUGAAGGAAAUCCUGAAGUUGAGAAACUCGAUGAGAAAACAAUGGCCGAAAGAUGGAAGGAGAGACGAGAAUGUCUCGAAAUGUUGAAACGUGAAUUGAAAAGGGUUCAAGAGGGCGGAGAUCCCUAUGAUUGGGAUCAUUUACUCGAUGACACUGACGACGAGGAGAAGAAGGAAACAAAUCCCGAAACGAAAGUCAGUCAAGAAGAUGAAACUACAGCGAGAAUUGAAAAUCUAAAAACAGACGAAGAAAUUCUUCCCGUUGAGGAGAAGAAAGAAAAAUAAACGAAGGUCGGUAAAACUUUUGUGAUUUACUUCUAUCGAAAGAGGAGUCAAAAAAUCGCAAAUUAAUCCAGAAGUACAAAUUUAAUCAAAAAGUUAAAAUUCUCAAAAAAAAGGAAUUUCUUCUGAAUCGAAUUUUUUUUGUUAAAAAUGAAAAAAUUAAGUUACAAAUUUCUUUCAAAAAGCGAAUAUUUUUCUCAACUACAAAGCAAACAGUGAUAAACCGAAAGUACAAAAAAGUCAAGUAUUAUUAAAUAGUGUCCUUUGUAUUGUAACAAUCGCUUUUAACAAAACAAUCAAAUUAGUUCUUUUUUCUAUUUUUUUGAAUUUAUAUUCCUUUUCUGUACUUUAAAAUUUUUUUAAUUUUUUAUUUUUUUAA